UUUCUCCCCCACUCAUUUCAAUUUUUAAAUAGCUCAUCCUCAUCGAUCUCGUUAUUCAGUCCAACACCACCCAUUCUCACAUCCCAACAUAAGAACACGGUAGCACCAUGAUUCUUCUCGCAACUUUGUUUCAAAACCUGAACCUCAGGGAGUGUUUGAACAAUUACAGCACUACUAUAGUUCUAGCAAUCUUGGUUAUAUCCGCGGUCACUUGCUACGCAUGGCUCCGCUUCCUCAAACCCGAGGCCCAAAAGCUUCCACCAGGACCACCAGGCCUCCCUUUCUUCGGGAACCUUCUAUCCUUGGACCCAGACCUUCACACUUACUUCGCCGGCCUGGCCCAGGUCCACGGCCCAAUUUUUAAGCUCCGUCUCGGGAGCAAGCUUGGGAUCGUGUUGACGUCACCCUCCAUGGCUCGUGAGGUCCUCAAAGACCAUGACACCGUUUUCGCGAACCGCGACGUUCCUGCCGCCGGCAGAGCAGCAACCUACGGCGGAUCCGACAUAGUAUGGACCCCGUACGGAUCGGAAUGGCGGAUGCUAAGGAAAGUGUGUGUGCUGAAGAUGCUGAGCAACACCACUCUAGAUUCCGUAUACGAUCUCCGCCGCAAAGAGAUGCGCAAAACGGUGUCGUAUUUGUACGGUCGAGUCGGGUCUCCGGUGAACGUGGGGGAGCAGGUGUUUUUGACGGUGAUGAAUGUGAUAAUGAAAAUGAUGUGGGGCGCGUCAGUGGAAGGAGCGGAGAGAGAAAGUUUGGGAGCAGAGUUCAGGGAAUUGGUGGCGGAGAUGACGCAGCUUCUGGGGAAGCCCAACGUGUCGGAUUUCUUUCCCGGGUUGGCCCGGUUCGAUUUGCAAGGAGUGGAGAAGCAGAUGCGGUUGUUGGUGCCCCGGUUCGAUGGACUAUUUGAAGGGAUGAUUCGCGAACGGGUGAAGAUGGUAGGGGAAGAGAAGAGGAAAGAAAGCAAAGAUUUUUUGCAGUUUUUGUUGAAAUUGAAGGAUGAAGGUAGCGAUUCCACCACACCACUCACCAUCACACAUGUUAAGGCUCUCCUCAUGGACAUGGUCGUGGGUGGAAGCGACACAUCAUCCAACACAAUUGAAUUUGCAAUGGCAGAAAUGAUGGACAAGCCAGAGGUAAUGAAGAGAGUCCAAGAAGAGUUGGAAGCUGUUGUAGGAAGAGAUAGCAUGGUAGAAGAGUCUCACAUUAAUAAAUUGCCUUACUUGCAAGCUGUGAUGAAAGAAACUCUUCGAUUGCACCCUGCACUUCCUCUUCUAGUCCCUCACUGCCCCAGUGAAACCACCACUGUGGGAGGCUACACAAUCCCAAAGGGGUCUCGAGUAUUUGUGAAUGUGUGGGCUAUUCAUGGAGACCCUUCAAUUUGGGAGAAACCACUUGAAUUUGAUCCUACAAGGUUCUUAGAUGCCAAGUGGGAUUACAGUGGAAAUGACUUCAAUUAUUUUCCCUUUGGGUCCGGAAGAAGAAUUUGUGCCGGAAUAGCAAUGGCUGAGAGGACAGUUUUGUAUUUCCUUGCCACACUUGUGCACUUAUUUGAUUGGACAAUACCUCGGGGUGAAAAGUGUGGCGUCUCAGAAAAAUUUGGUAUUGUUCUCAAGAAGAAAAUGCCUCUGAUUGCCAUUCCCACCCUGCGUAUAUCCAACCCUGAUCUUUAUAAAUAGAUUUUAAUACGUAUCGAUAGAGAGAAUCUACGUGAAAGGUAUUGUAUAUUUUAUAACUGUCCAAUCAUAUUCUAAACGAUUAAAUAUUAUUUAACUAUCAUCCGUGAAAGGUAUUGUAUUAUGAAACUCGUUUAAUAAAGAAAAGUGUUUUUCAAGACCAG